GACUUCUCGUACGACAGCAAAGUAUCUAUACGCAACCUGCGCUUGUUGUCGAAACCAACUCCAAAAGAUGUUCGCGCUCUCUUCCACCAGCCGAGUCUAUUCUCUGCCGUCCCGCCUACAACUCGUCCUGUGGGUCUUCGGCGGAAAUUUGGGCUACUCGGCGACCUCCGCCUUUGCGGUAAAGCAGGAGGACAUGACCGCAGCGACGCAUCUACGCGGAACGUCGCCAGGAGCUGCGAUCCACCAAGAUGAAGCGGAUGGGUCUUCGCGUCCCGGUUGGGACGAGAACAAGGCGGGCCUUAAGUCCUCGGAUCAACAUGAUCAUUCGCAGUCGCAGGACACGGGCGAGGUGAUCAUCAACGGUCCGGGGGAGGUCACGUCAACUUCGUUCGUGGACCAGGGGACCGCCGGGUCCGUGUACGGCUACAGCGGCCCGAAGUCGGAAGCGGAAAAAGAGGAGAAGACGGCUCCCGCUAGUACUGCUUCGUCCAGCGCCCCCCCCCCCCCGCCAACGUGA